CUCGCCGCAGACAGACACGCCCGCGCCUUAUCUCCCCCAGUCGCCGUCGUACCAGCCGUCGCCGCCGGCCACACCCGCCGGGAGAGAGGCGCUGCGUCAGUGUUGGCUGCCCCUCCGUGGCUUCCUUGACGGGAGCCCCCCACGUCGCCAGCCGUCGUCCUCCUCGCCCACCGACACAGCCGCCGCCGUCGCCGGCGGACCGUAGAUCCAUCGACGUGGACAGAUCGCCCCGAAGAAAAACGCUGCUUCCCUACCAAGGAUAACCCAUUUGAUCAGGUAUUCAUGGGGAAGGGACAAAUUGUGGCUGUUCUUCAAGUAGGUGGAGAAUUCAGCAUAGAUGCUGAUGGACAUAUGUCCUACUCUAGUGGAGAGGCACAUGCAAUGCUUGUUAAAAGUGACCGGACGUUUAGUGCAUUUAAGCAUGAGAUAUCUUCAACGAUUAACAAUAUCAAAGUCGAUCAGUUUUUAUGCAAGUAUUUCCUCCCAAAGAAUAACAAAACCUUGAUUUCUAUCUCCAAUGACAAGGACCUACAUCGCAUGGUUGAGUUCCAUGCGGAGUCAGAGACUACAUACAUCUAUGUCAUGAAGAAGAAGGUUGACAACAGGGCAUUGAGUGUUGUUCCUGACUUCAGUAGUCCUGUAGAUGCCACUGCAAUCAUCCCAACGACUCAGGAUGGGUCUAAGAGAUAGAAGAUCUGUGCAACAUGGAAGAAUGUGAUUACCGGAGUUGGCCAAGUGUUUGAUGGUCCUAAGGAUUUCCGUGAUGCCUUACAUAAGUAUGCUAUUGCCCAUAGAUUCCAUUACAGAUUUAUCAAGAAUGAUUCAUCUUGUGUGACAGCAGAAUGUACUGGUGAAGAUUGUCCGUGGCGAAUACAUGCUUCCAAAUCCCCUGCCAAGAAGCAAUUCAUGAUCAAGAAAAUUUCUGAAAGCCACACCUGUGAAUCAGAGACAGUCAAAAGUCAUCGUCUGGCUUCUCAGCGAUGGGUUGCUAGUGUUAUAAAAGAAAAGUUACGCGAUAGUCCAAACUACAGGCCAAGAGAUAUUGCAAAAGUUCUUCAGCGGGAGUAUGGACUAUGCCUGAACUAUUCUCAGGCUUUGCGUGGAAGAUCAAUUGCUCAAAAGGAACUUCAUAGCACACAUGAUGAGGUAACCUGUCAGCUACCUUGGUUUUGUGGACGGAUUGUGGAGACAAACCCUCAAAGUGUGGCCACAGUAGUAGCAUUAGAAGAUUCAAAAUUCCGUCUGUUUGUUGCAUUCCAUGCAUCGCUUCAUGGUUUUGAGCAUGGUUGCAGGCCAUUACUUUUUCUUGAUGUAAUAUCUGCGAAACCAAAUAAGCAGUGGAAGCUACUGGCUGCUACUUCUGUCGAUAGUGAAGGUGACGUGUUCCCAGUUGCAUUUGCUGUAGUGGAUGAUGAGAGCAGUGAACACUGGCAUUGGUUUCUUGAGCAACUUAAAUCUUCACUGUCAACUUCUCUCACCAUAACAUUCAUAUCAAAUGGAGAAAAUGCACUAUGGGAUGAAGUGCCUUUGGUUUUCCCUGACAGUCAUCAUGGAUACAGUGUAGACUAUCUUAUCGAAGAAUUUAAGGCACAUCUGGAUGAUGCAUGGACUGAAGAAACAAGAGAUGCCAUGGUUGAGCAUCUUAAGAAGGCCAUAUAUUCAUGCACAGUUGAUGAGUUCAAUCAGUAUAUUGAACUAAUCAAAGGUGAAUCUGGUAAACUUGCUGAAUGGCUUCUAGAGAUUAAACCUGAGCGGUGGUCAGAUGCCUUUUUUAAGGGGUCAAGGCAUGGGCAGUAUUCAUGCAAUUUUUCUAGUACUAUUGUUUAGUGGAUUCCCACUAGAUAUGAGCUUUCAGUUAUUCAGUUAGUUGACACCAUAAGAUGCAAGCUCAUGGAGAUGAUGUACACACGCAGGGAGUCUUCUAAUGCAUGGGCUGAGGUAUUAACCCCUGCAGCUAAUCAGAAGUUUCAGGAAGAAGUGAGCAAAGCCCACUCUCUCAACGUCAUCCCUGCUGAAAGUAAUGAAAAUGGCAAUGUGUUCAAGGUCUGUGAUGAUUCUGUAAAUGUUGUCAAUAUCGACGCAUGGGAUUGUACCUGCAGGAAGUGGCAUGUUUCUGGUUUGCCAAGCAUGCAUGCUAUUGCAGUAAUAGAGCGGAUUGGACACUGUGCUUAUGAUUACUGUGUGAAGUAUUUCAGAACAGAAUGUUACCGCCUGACCUACUGUAUGUCGAUAAAUCCAAUACCUGAUGUUAUGCUGCCCCCUGCUAUAUUAAAUGACCAAUCUCAAAGUCCAGUAACAUACCCAUGCCCGAUAAGAACCCGACGGCGGGUUGGCAGGCCAAAGGAGAAGCCAGCAGACCCAAGCAUCGCGAUCAAAAGGGCAGUGCGGUGCAGCAGGUGCAAAGCUUAUGGCCACAACAAAGCAACCUGCAAAGUUCCUCUGAGCACAUAGUCUACCCAUUGGUUCAGUUUUCCUAUGUACAUUUAGGUGGAGAGUUUCCCUUGUCUGCUGUAAUGUGAGUGAUGCUAUUUCUUGAUAACCACAGUAUAUGCACCAGUCAUUUGUUCUAGCUCUAAGUUUCUUUGUAUCAGCUUCCUUUUUUAGGCUAACAUAUUUGGUCAUAAUAUGGACAUUAUAAUAGACACCGCUGGGAAAGCCAUGGAUGGUUUGUUCUUUAUGUACUGCUGUCCAAUUUGAUCUGUUACCCUUCCU